AGCAUUAGUUGAUUAAAAGAUUUUGUGAAUAGUGUCUUUAAUUUAGAUAGAAAAGAAAAUUAAUUAAUUAAUAAUGAAAUUCAGAACUUUAACAUUAUUGGUACUCGUAACAUUAGCAAUGUUAUCAUUAAAAUCAGUUAGUGGUCAACAAAGGAAUAACAGAAUUAUUCAUGAUAUUGAUUUUUUUGAUCCAUAUGAUCCAUCAUUAAAUAAUCCAGUUAUUAAUAUUAGUAAUAAUACAAAUAAUGGUAGUGGCAGUGAUAAUAAUAGUGGUAUUGAUAUACCACAUUCUGUUGAUGAUCGUAUUAUGGGUGGUGAUACGGUCACUGAUAUUACAGAAUUUUGUUAUCAAGUUGGUAUGAAAGUGAAAAUUGGUCAACAAAGUGGUUGGUGUGGUGGCUCUAUAUUAUCGCGUGAUAUAAUUUUAACUGCUGCACAUUGUCUGAAAGGUGAAGCAUAUUUGGCAAGUGAAGGAACAUUAUAUGUUGGUGUGAUUAAUCGUGAUCAACCGGAACCCGGUUCAUUAUUAAUUAAUUUUAAUUUAUCUGAUUGUGUUAUACAUGAACAAUGGAAUGAUAAAACAAAACAAAAUGAUAUUGCAAUUAUUAAAUUAAAGACACCAUUAGUUUUUUCAGAAAGAAUUUGUAGUAUAGAUCUAGUUAGUCACAGAUUAUCUAAAAAUACAUUUGAAAAUAUACCAGUAAUAAUUUCUGGCUGGGGUAGAUCAUCAGAUGCAGUUGAUAAUUAUGAAGCAAUUAUGAAAUCGGCAACUGUAAGAGUUAUGAAUCAAGAUGCUUGUAAAGCAAAACUUUGGCAAGUUUCACAAACUAACAUUUGUGUUUAUACUGAAAAUAUGGUUGGAGCAUGUAAAGGUGAUUCUGGUGGACCAUUAGUUUUUAAUGUUAAUAAUACACAAGAUAGAGCUAGUAAACGUCAAAUUGGUAUUACAUCAUUUACAAGUAGAGGAUGUGUACAAAAUUUCCCAAGAGUAUAUACAAAAGUUGCUGAUUAUAAAGGAUGGAUAUGUAAACAUGCUGGAAUUUGUGAAAUAAUGUUCCCAGAAGACUAAUUUAAAUAUAUUUGUAUAUAUAUAUAUUUAUGUGAAUAUUUGUAUAGUUAUUGUGUAUAUACGUAUGUUUGUCCCAGUGUUCAAUACAGUUUCUACCUAUUUUA